AUGUCACUUCAAGUUCCCACCAGAGAGAAAAUAAUUUCUGCUCAUGCAAACACUAAAGCUGUAAUUUUGGUGGGAGGUCCCUCGAGAGGAACACGUUUCAGACCUCUCUCGCUUGAUCUUCCUAAACCGCUCUUUGAAGUUGCGGGCCAUCCUAUCAUCUGGCACUGCUUGACCGCCAUCUCCAAAGUUUCUCAUAUCCAAGAAGUAUGCAUGAUCGGAUACUACGAUGAAAGUGUAUUUAGAGAUUUCAUCAAAGAUUCAAGCAAAGAAUUCCCUCAGUUGAAGAUAGUAUACCUUCGAGAAUACCAAGCUUUAGGAACAGCGGGGGGUCUUUAUCACUUCAGAGAUGCGAUUUUAAAAGGCAGACCGGAACGUUUCUUUGUUCUAAACGCUGAUGUAUGCUGUUCAUUUCCAUUGAAUGAUAUGCUUAAACUGUUCGAAGAAAAGGAUGCCGAAGCUGUCAUUCUCGGCACGCGAGUGACAGAGAAUGCAGCCAGUAACUUUGGAUGCAUAGUUUCUGACCCACAAACAUGUCGAGUACUGCACUACGUCGAAAAACCCGAAUCUCACAUUUCCAAUUUGAUAAAUUGCGGUGUCUACCUCUUCCUGACCGAAUGCAUUUUCCCUUCAAUUAAAAGUGCCAUUAAGAAACGCACGGAUCGCCCACGUCUCCUAUCAUAUCCAUCAUCUGAAAACCUUGAGUCUUCAUUUGUUCUCGAGGACGAUGAAGAGAAAAAUGAGGUGAUGCGGCUUGAACAAGAUAUACUCAGCGAUAUGGCUGACAGUAAGAGAUUCUACGUGCAUGAGACCAAGGAUUUUUGGAGGCAAAUAAAAACUGCAGGCUCCGCUGUACCUGCCAAUGCACUAUAUUUGCAGAAGGCCAUGCAAACUGGCUCUGAAGAGCUUGCUAAACCAUCCGCUAAUAUACUUCCUCCUGUCUUCAUUCACUCGACAGCAAACGUUGACCCAACGGCAAAACUUGGCCCAAACGUCUCUAUCGGACCUCGGGUAAUCGUUGGUGCUGGGGUCCGCAUCAAAGAAGCUAUUGUCUUAGAAGACUCGGAGAUAAAACAUGACUCAUGUAUCCUGAAUGCAAUAAUCGGAUGGAACAGUAGAAUCGGGGCAUGGGCUCGCGUAGAAGGUACUGCUAUGCCGGUUAACAGUCACACGACAAGUAUUGUAAAAAAUGGGGUUAAAGUGCAAAGUAUCACUAUUCUCGGUAAAGAAUGUGGUGUUGGAGAUGAAGUUCGGGUACAGAAUUGUAUAUGUCUACCCUACAAGGAAUUAAAACGAGAUGUCUGUAACGAGGUUAUCAUGUAA